UUAUUAUUUACGUAUAUAUAGGAUUUGGUCAGGAAACCUUUUAAAAUAGUAAAAUAUUUGUCUUCAAAAUGGUGAACCCUACAUUCUUUGUCACAGUCCUUGCUGCUUUUGCCUUGGCUACACCUGCAGUAUGUCAAGAAGAACCAAGAAUUUUUGGUAUGAUCAACCAAGUAACUAAUGGUGUCACCAACGUUGUUACCAGCAGUGUUAUCAACGCAGCUACAGUCACUAACAACGUUGCCAACAACGUUGCCAACGUUAUUGCUGACACUACCACUAAUGUGGGUAAUGUAGUUGCCACUGUUGCAAAUAACGCCGGAAAUGCAGCUAGCAAUGGCAUCAACGUGGUAGGUGUGAUUACCAGUGGUGUGGGCCAAACUAUUUCAAAUACGCUGAACGAAGUCAAUCAGGUGGUUAAUAGCAUCACAUCAUUCGCCGCCAGCGGAAUGAUUUCUGGAUUGAUCGCAGCGAUCAGAAAGGUUGUUAUUGAAGUUGUUGAGGUCGUCACUGAUGAGGUCCGGGAGACAGUUACUACUAUCAAGGAUGAAGGUAAUAAAUUGGUCAAUGAAAUUACUUCGAAUGUCCAGGAAUUUAUUAGCAACCUUCGUCCAGUUACCACCUCUGGUUAAAAGUUGUAUUAUGAUUGAUUAGCUUUACUUAAACAAUAAACGUAGCUACAACUUUA